AGUGCACAUCGGGCAGAAGGAAUGAGUGCGCUACUUUGUCGCACGUUUUUUUUAUUUAGAUUCCUUCAUCCUCGUUUUCCUUGCAGGAAUAUGUCACUGGGAAUCUCAAACAAUAAUAAAGCUUAUUCUAUUAAGGGGUACCUUAAGAAUAUUGAAGAAGAUGAAAUGACAUUUAAUUUGGAAAAGAAGGAAUAUGAAAUUGGUAGAAAGUACCUUGCUCAAAUUAUGGGUUAUGAUCCUGUACACUUCACGCCAGAACAGGUCAAUGAGGCUAUUGAAUAUCUUCUACCGUCCUCAUUGUACACUAAGCGUGCUCGUCCUGUUUUCAAAGAACCUCACCUGGUAUUUCCUCCACAAAAACAAUUGCAAUGUGACAUGAAUGGUAGACCACUUAGUAGUUACUUCUAUACAACAUACCAGAACUUCUACAAGAUUAUGAACGAGGCAGUUUACAAACUAGAAGAACUGAAACUUCGAGUUGAUCAAUCGUAUUUUGAUAAGACGACCAAUAAGUCUUCGUCGAAAGGAAUAUGCUGUGUGACGCCAAGCGAUUUUAUCUCAAAAGUAAAUCUUAUGAAAAUGAUCAACGAAAAUAUUUCAAAUGCACAGUAUAGUCAAUGGCUAGUUUUAAUGAAGCGUUUGUCAGAACACCCAUUGUCAUAUAUGGUCGAAGAAUUUAUUCAGCGGUUCAAAACUCAAAUAUGUGAUGCUACUUCGGAAAUUAAACUUCCUGAGCCGUCUCUAGACUCAUUAACAAACAGAAAAUGUGUCCAAGCAUUUGGUCAAAAAAAAAACUCCUUUGCUGAAGUAACACUGUACAUGCCUGGCGCUGGUGACUUCACAGUGAACGGGAAACGGUUUUUAGAAAUAUUUCCUGAGCUUGGGAAUCGAGAACAAGUAGUAUUUCCUUUACAACAAACAAAUACUAUUGGUAAAGUAGACAUUGUCGCCACAGUAAGCGGAGAAGGUUCGAGCUCCUUAGCGAAUGCGCUUCGUUUGGCAAUAGCCAGAUGUUUAGCUUCAAUGCUCCCUACCGAUCAAGGAAAAAACAGAUUAUUAGUAACUGGUUUAUUGUCUCAGGACAACCGGUUCGCAGAACGUAAACAACCCGGCCAGAGAAAAGCACGCAAGAAGCCUAUUUGGAAGGCACGCUAAAUAUCAUUUUUUGUUUCGGUCCGCAUUCAAUACUGGCCUGCUGAUUUCGCUACUUUGCUUUCCAGCUCGAUCAUCUAAAAAAGAAGGCACAGGUGUAAAAUCAUUUAUAUAUAUGUUCUUUUCUUCAUAUGCAUGGAUAGUUUUUUGGACUAAUACUGAACUCCGGAACAGCUUUGAUGUCAACCGAAAAAUUGUGGUGCGAUAAUAAUAUUGACUUUACGAAAGUUGUCUAUAAAUGUGGAUGCGUAUUACCUAUAAAUGAGUUUUGAGGUUCAAACCAUGAAAGUUGAGUACCUAAAAACCCGGAGUUCGUAAACCGAAAGUUACAGAAAUUUACGGAAGGGGUUUACGUCUAUUUAAUGCUUUUGCGAAAAGAAAAACAAAUUUUUUCAAGCAAAAGUUUUGCGGCUCUAUUCCAUCGUAGCAAAGUACCAGCAUAUGGUACUCUUGAUUCUGAAACAAGCUGUAAGUGUGUUCAAGAAUGGGUGUGCUAAGAAUGAAUUGUUGUUGUUGUCAUCUUCUUGAACUAAAGAAUGGUGCUUUGUGAACAUAUUCGGAAGAUGUAUAGUUAUUCAAAUGUGUCACCAUCUAAACUUAUCAGAAUUAUUAGUCAAGGUACAAGCACAACCGAUAGUUACUAUUAGUUUACCAUAUAGUUAGUUAUAUGGAUUCAAAAUAGAACUAGUAUUUAAGCCUAUUUGUGGCAGAUAGAUAUGAAAGUUUACAACUAAAUCGUGAAUAGGCAGUUAAAAAAUAAUACGUAGAACCGUUUCUAUUAUAAGCGAGAAGCAGUAAAAUUCAA